AGUGCUGCCAAUCAGUGCCACCUAUCAGUGCCAGCCAGUGCUGCCUAUCAGUGCCAUCAGUGCCGCCUAUCAGUGCCAGUCAGUACCGCUUAUCAGUGCCACCUAUCAGUGCCGCCUAUCAGUGCCAUAUAUAAGUGCUGCCUUUCAAUGCCCAUAAGUGAUGCCUGUCAAUGCCCAUCAGUGCCACCUACCAGUGCCUCCUCAUCAGUGCCCAUCAGUGCCACCUAUCAGUGCCCAUCACUGCAGCCUCAUUAGCGCAUAUCAGUGAAGUAGAAAAAUCACAUAUUUACAAAAACUAAGAA